UCAUAUCUUGGUUCGUAGUUGACAUGAGGGAAUUCUUAAGUUAAUUAUUCUCAAUUGAAAUGUGUUCUCUGGAGCUUGAAUCUUACUUUGUAAAAUUAUAAAGAAAAGAAUCUAAAAUGAGCUUCUGGCUCAUAUUGUGUGCUUCAUUUGUUGGGAUCGUACGUUUAAAUGCCCAAGAUGAAUGCAGUGAGCCACUUCUUGAGAAAGCAAAAAUCUAUUCAUCUUCUGUUAUGUCAAAUGAUCGUGGUCCUGAGAAAGCAAGAUUAAAUGGCAAUGGAGCAUGGACUGCGAAAUCUUCAGAUUUUAGUCAAUUUCUCAUAUUUGACUUACGUGAUAAAAGAAAUAUUACUGCUAUAGCUACACAAGGACGUCCUUUUACAUCAGAAUUUGUGCAAGAAUAUCGCAUUGAGUAUGGAAAUAAGUAUUUGGACUAUUCUGAGUACAAAGAUCGUGAAGGACACACAAAACUAUUCACUGGAAAUAAUGAUGGAGAUACCAUUAAAUUCAACAAAUUUGACACACCAAUCAUAGCUCAAUGGAUAAGAAUAAACCCUACUCGAUGGAGAGAUAGAAUUUCAAUGAGAGUUGAACUGUAUGGUUGUGACUAUGUUAGUGAAUCUGUUAAUUUUGAUGGAAGAAGUUUAUUUACCAAGGAUCUAUAUUUUGGGGUAGCUAGUGAGACCGAAAUGAUAAGGUUUCGUUUUCGUACAAAUAAUGCUGAUGGCAUUAUAUUAUACAGCAGAGGUAAUCUAGGGGACUUUUUUGCUCUUCAAUUAAUCCACAACAAGCUGCUCUUAAACAUUGAUUUAGGUGGAGAAGGUAUAGUCACUAGUAUAUCUGUUGGUAGCCUUUUAGAUGAUAAUAUGUGGCAUGAUGUCUAUAUUUCUCGAAGACGAAAAGAUAUAACUUUUUCUGUUGACAGAGUUAUUAUUCCAGCAAAAGUGCGAGGCGAUUUUUACAAGCUAAACCUUAAACGAGAAAUCUAUGUUGGUGGAGUUCCUAAUUUUCAUCAAGAUGGAAUCGUAGUUACACAAAAUUUUACGGGAUGCAUAGAAAAUCUAUUUUUUAAUAAUACUAAUUUUAUAUCAGAACUGAAAGAACGAAAAUCUGCUUAUAGGCAAUAUGGCGAUCUAACCUACACUUGUCAGUAUGAACAAGUGACCCCAGUGACUUUCAUCACAUCAGAAGCUCAUCUCAGGCUAUCUGGUUACAAGCAGCAAAUUAUGAACUGUAGUUUUGACUUUAGAACAUUUAGUGAAGAUGGAAUGUUGCUUUACAAUAAGUUUUCCCAACAGGGCUUUGUAAAGGUGUUCUUAGAAAAAGGCAAAAUCAAAAUUGAAUUGCAAGGAGAAAAUACACCAAAAGUGGUUACAGAAGCAUCUGAUCGUUAUUUAAGUGAUGGACUUUGGCAUAAGACUAUGCUGAUUUUGCAGAAAAAUCGCAUUGAAUUACAUACUGAUGGCAAGCCUAGCAUUACUGUUCGCCAAUUUUCAAUGCUUACUGGUGAUGAAUAUUUGAUUGGAGGUGGUUUAUAUGGUUCAAAAGGUUUUGUUGGCUGUAUGCGAUACAUUCAUAUUGAAGGCCAUUACAUCAGAGUUACAGCCUUACCAAAAUCAAGAUAUUCAGAAUCCGGAGUUGUAUUUGAUGCUUGCCAAAUGACAGACAGGUGCAAUCCCAAUCCAUGUGAACAUGGUGGUACGUGUAAACAAAAUUGGGAGGAAUUCAAAUGUGAUUGUGAGAAUACAGGUUACUCUGGUGCUGUGUGUCAUAUACCUGUUAAUUCAUUAUCAUGUGAAGCACACAGAUUAUCAUAUCCCAGAAGUAGAAGGAUUGAUUUAACUAUUGAUAUAGAUGGAAGUGGGCCAUUAAAACCAUUCCCUGUAACUUGUGAAUAUCCUUUUGAUGGUCCAGCUGUCACUAUUUUGCAUCACAAAAAUGAAAGACCUACUGAUGUGAAAGGAUUCAACAAACCUGGCAGUUUUAUUCAAAACAUAAUAUAUAAUGCUGAAAUGGAACAAAUAAUACAGCUUGUCAACCGCUCAUACAAUUGCAGGCAAAAUCUGCGUUAUGAAUGUCAUAGAGCUGGACUGUUUAAUUCUCCAGCUCCAGAACCAGCUCCAUUUAAACCUUUUUCCUGGUGGGUUAGUCGUAACAAUCAACAAAUGGAUUAUUGGGGUGGAUCUUUGCCGGGCUCUCGAAAAUGCAAUUGCGGUCUGUAUGGUACUUGCAAAGAUCCAAGCAAGUGGUGCAAUUGUGAUGCUGAAUAUUUUGAAAGAGAUGAGUGGCUUUCUGAUGAAGGUGACUUAACACAAAAGGAGUUCUUGCCUGUUAGGCAAUUACGCUUUGGUGACACUGGAACUACAAUGGAUGAAAAGAAAGGCAGAUAUUAUCUUGGUCCUUUAAUAUGUGAAGGAGAUGGCUUGUUUGACAAUACAGUUACAUUUUACUAUGAAGAUGCAACUAUUGAUCUACCUACAUUUGAUAUGGGACAUUCUGGAGACAUAUAUUUCCAGUUCAAAACUACUGCUGAAAAUGGAGUGUUGAUUAAUAGUAGAGGACCAACUGAUUACAUUAAAGUUAUGCUUGUUGAGGGUGACCAAAUACAAUUUCAGUACCAUGCUGGCAAUGGACCUCUAGGUGUCAGUGUUGAAACCUCUUACAAACUUAAUGACAAUAAUUGGCAUUCAGUAUUAGUGGAGAGAAAUAGGAAAGAAGCUCGUGUUGUUGUCGAUGGUAGUCUUAGUGGUGAAGUGAGAGAAAGAGCGGGUCCUGUCCGUGCAUUAUAUCUUACAAGCAAACUUGUUGUUGGAGCUACUGUGGAUUAUCGAGAAGGAUUUGUUGGAUGCAUGCGAGCUUUUAUGUUAAAUGGAAGGAUAAUUGAUUUACAAAAGAUGGUUUUGGAAUAUCCGUAUGGAAUCGACAAUGGAUGCGUUGGGAAAUGUCAGAGCAACCCUUGUUUCAAUAAUGGGACUUGCAUUGAAGGUUAUUCAAGUUAUAUAUGUGAUUGUCAAUGGACUGGGUUCAAAGGACCAAUCUGCGCUGAUGAAAUUGGUGUGAAUUUAAGAUCUGACAAUUAUAUUCAGUACAACUUUGAAAACACUAUAUCAACCCUUGAAGAAUACAUCAGAGUUGGUUUUACCACAACAGACAAGACUGGCAUGAUUAUUGGAAUAUCAUCGUAUAGUGAAGAAUAUUUGAAUCUAAUGAUGUCAACCAGUGGUCAUUUGCGUUUGGUUUUUGAUUUUGGCUUUGAAAGGCAGGAAAUAAUCAUUAAAAAUGAGAAUUUUGCUUUGGGCCAGCAUCAUGACUUGAGAAUUAUGCGAGGUGAUAAAGGCUCCAAAAUUACUAUAUUUGUGGAUAAUUAUGAACCUAUUGUACACACUUUUAAAAUUGAUGACAAAGCUGAUGCACAGUUUAACAGAUUGAAAAGUAUUUAUGUAGGAAGGAAUGAAACUAUGAGCACUGGCGAAGGAUUUGUGGGAUGCAUUUCAAGAGUCCAGUUUGAUGAUCAUUUUCCCCUACGGCGUCUCUUUCAAGAAAGUCGCCGUUCAAAUGUAUGGGCUGUGCCUGAUGACAGUGUCAGAGAGGAUGACUGUGGCAUUGAGCCUGUCACUCAUCCUCCAGAGAUAAGAGCUACUCGUCCUCCUCCUACUUUGCCUCCCGGAGUGAGUAUUGCAGCACAUACAGCUGGAGCUGAUGAUUCGGCCAUUUUAGGAGGUAUCUUAGCAUUGAUUUUUAUAGCUCUAAUAUUAAUGGCUAUUUUAAUUGGUCGCUACAUGUCUCGUCACAAAGGAGAAUACAAAACACAUGAAGAUACAGGAGCUAAGGAUGCUCCAGAUGCAGACACUGCCGUAAGAUUGGGAAAAACUGGGCAUGGGGUUCCCAAGAAAGAAGAGUGGUUUAUAUGAAGGAAAGGUGCAUUAGAAAUACUAGAGUACUGAUUAAGAAUGAAGUUAAUGUUGAAAUAACAUUAUGAAUUUAUCCCACUGUUGGAUAUAUUGCUGCCUUGCUCAACAUGUUUCAUGUGUGGACAGUAUUUUUAUCAUCUCCCUCAUCACGAAUCUCACAUGUGUGGUGUGAUAUUACUAUUUUGUUGUUUAAUAUUGUUGUGGCUCCAACUGUAAAAUGUGAAUGCUGUUAACUGGAGCUAAACAUUUCUUGUGGUUUUUAUGUUUCAAUAAUUGUUAUACCAUGUUAUAGUUAACAGUAUUUGUUUUUAAAAAGGCAUUAUGUUUCCAUGUAUCAGAAGUAAUAAUUCGGUGAGAAUAUAGAUUCUCCCCCCCCCCCUUUUUAUGAAUUAAUUAGAAAGCUCCGUGUAAGCCAUUCAUCCAAUGUUUACAUGUGACUUUCAUGAUUUAGGUUGAAAAAAAGUAUCAUGUUAAAAGUUUUUUUUUUCUAGACCCUAAAAAAUAUGUGCAAAUUUAUUGAUAAAGUUACAGGUAUGUUUUAAAAGAAUAUUGUACAGAAAAACUGAAGCAAUUACCUAAAAGUAUUUUAUUUUCUUUUUUAAUGAAAUGAAAACAAUUCAUGCAAGCGUGGUAUUAAUAACCCUCCGAACUACAUUACAAAAUGUGUUCUAUAUGCAGUGACAUUAUCAAUAUUUCUUUGCUUACAUUAAUUUUAUCCACCGUGGCAAUUAUAUAUAAUCCGGUAUAUGUUGUGCAAUAAGUAUAUAUUUAUUCGUGUGCAAAAUAAUCUCCAUGAUUUUUUGUUGCUAGUCUAAUUGCUGCAAUUUUUUUCCCAGUAUUUAGAAAUCUGAACUUUGUGCAAAAGUUUGAUACAUGGAAAAUUUAAUGCCUAUAUGUCUUUGUUGAAAUAUUUUAAGCAUACAUUUUAACUUAUGGACAAAGAUCUGAUUUUUAUCAGUUUAUGUUCUUUGAUUUAUAAAUUUGUGUAAAAUGUAGUCAUUCCCCUCCAUUUUUAAAAGGUCCAUUUUUUUUGUUGUGUUUCUCAAUGUGUCUUACAGAUCAUCUUCUAUAAACUUAAUUUUAUCAAAUAUUUUGUAAACUCUAAGAUUGUAUUUUUUCACUUACAUUUCUAUGCCUUUUUCUCUUUUAUAAAAUAAGCCUUGAAUUCAAAGUAGUUUUGCCGUGCUAUUUGCCUGAAAACUAAACAUUCAUUGUCCGCUCCUCAACUUGACAAUCUCGUGCUUGCUGAAUACUAUUUCUUGAAUGGCUUUCCAAGCUAUUUUGUUUCAGGAAUAAAUAUUAAAUUUCAGCGAUCAAUUCAGUAUUUUGUUACAAGUGGGUCAUUCACAUUUUAUAAAGGAGAACUUCCUGCUUAAUCACUGUAAAAUUACAGCACUUUUGUUACUGUGGAGUUUGCUUUUCUAUCUACAAACAAUGGUUUUUCAGAAUUUUGAAGAAUCAUUUGCCGUGUUUCCUUAUAAAGUCCACCUUUAAAGAGCGGUCACUUAAGCUUGGUCUCAUCAGAGACUGUUGUUCAAAAACUUUUUACCGAAGUUUUUAUCAUUAUUAUUAUUAUUGAUUAGACAUAAAUUAAAAUAAGAUAAAUACCUUUGUGCAGAACAGUAAAGUAAGAGAAACAACGUUAAAAA